UAUAAGUGAACCAAAGUUUGAGCUUACGUUCUUCUCCGUCAGCAGAAGGAGCUCAUUUUCCGCACGCACCUGAACGACUAGUCAUUGUGCUGAUGGCUGCUGCGUGACUUAUGGGCUACUCGCUUCCGCAGAUGGCAGUGCUAACUGUUUCUUGUUUCCACCACCAUUACAUUCGUUCAUGGGAGGCCCUACGCUGCGUUCAAGAUACGCAUUGACUGUAGAGAAGUUGCUGAAAGGUUGUACCAUCGAACACAUCCCUACUCGUGUCCGCCUUUCACAAUCUUCUUUUCUCCUCCAUUCACCGUACCCAGGGCUUUCUCAGGAUGUCAUAUCCCAAUCAUUUUGGGUUGAUUUCUUCUCACUUGAUGUGGACAAGGAAUUUUUGAAAGCCAGGAUAUCUGCGCUUCACAAAGACGAUCUGAUUGAGCCUGCCAUCAAGAAAAAUACUAGUUCUAUGUUUGUAAACGCGGUCCUGGUGAUGGCCAUCCCAUCACUACCUAACCCUGGCACGGAACAAAACACCAGUUCUUUGGGAAGAAGUCCCACCGAGCCUUCCCACCUUGAGAUAGAAGUCAUGCAGCGGCAUGCUGCCGAGACCCUGCUGAUAUUCAUUCCAUCGAUUCUGAACAAAGGGUUAACGGGUGGGGAAAUCCUGGAAAUCUUCUCGGGUGAUUUUGGGAAAAGUGAUGCAGUGUUCAAGGCUUUUGUUUCCGAGCUGAAACAGGCAUGGCAGCAUGCCAAUGUACCAGAUGAUACCACCUAUCAUUGUCUGCAAAUUGGGCUUAGAUUUGUUUGCAGCAUCAAUCAACUGAGUCCGAAUGCGUAUUUCCUUACUGAUGAUCUCUAUCCAACUAUUAAAAAGGUCCUGGAACUUCCUAACCAGCGUGAAGAGUCCGUCUGGUCCGCUUCACUCCUCCUUGGCGUUCUGUCAAAUUACCACAAAACGGAUGCAGCAAACUUGAACCCAGUUCUUUCCCGCAUUGCUGGGGAACGAGAUGAUGGGUUUAUGCGUCAGAUAUGUAGGCUGACACAAGGGUUUAUUGAUAAAGCCAUAGAAUCGUAUCAGAGGGUUUUAGAUGAUUCCCCUUCGAGUGUUACGUCCUCUCUCGCCAGUGUCCUGAACGUUUUCACCCCUAAGCAAGAUGCGAAAGGACUGAGCGCCUUUGGCAUAUCCAACCCUUUCCCUAUUAUUGGGGGGUCGAGGGACAGGGGCACUAGUGCGGAAAUGAGCCAGAAGGUGCAAACUAAUGGCGACUUCAGCUCACAGCCUGAUCUAACAUCUGCUGUGCUUUUUACCUUGUAUCAGUAUAUUCAGUCCAACCCAUCGUUCCGCCUAAUCUGUGUCCAGUCCGUGGUGGCGGCACCCUCCCUAAAUUUGAACAGUCACCCGGCUCUGCUCCCGUUGACUGUACCUAGUGCUAAAGCGAAGAACCCAUUACCCUGGGUGGCCCACAUUCUGUCCCUUGGCUCAUACAUUCUAACUCACUCCACUUCAUCCGGAUUGCCUCGUCCUGCGGCGUACGCUCAUCUCAUGCUGCGCAUUAUACAUACGUUAGUCGAGGAUCCUUCGGUAUGCAAAUUUCUCUGUGUGCAGAACUUCUCGGUCCGGUUGUGUCGUCAGCGUGUUCCAUUUCUCCCUCUUCCUCCUAAAAGAGAAGGCCGCAGGGCUGGAUUCGAAACUGUGCUGGAUUGUUGUUUGAUAUGGUUGCAACAUAACCUUCACAAACAAUUGCAAACGCACUCAUUCAUCCUAUGUGUGCAGAGUCUGUUAAGGAGUUUGCGUUUUCUCGCUGAACAGCGAAUAAGGCUCGAGUAUACUUGGGAAGAACUCUGGCGAUCAUUGCUAGCCCUGCUUGGGUUCAUUUUCAGAAAGAUAGGCAAGGAGGGGAUGAACUCAGAUACCAGAUUACGAGAGCUUGACAUGCUGGUCAUUCGUGCGCUUGCUUACGCAGUUGCGGCUGACUUUCUUCCGGGACAAAAGGACGUCUGUCAAUUGAUCUAUCAUAUCACUACGUCCUCUCAAACCAUUUUAUCCCAACGCACACUCCUGGACUCGACAUCUGACCUUUCCCACUCUGGUUCCUCAAGGACCAGUUUCCACGUACGCACCAAAACAACUUUAGAGGUCCAUACUCGAGCAUGUCUAUCCACCCUCGAACGUACAACCAAUUUUUUCCUGGCAAAGAUCGCAGAGGAGGAUACACGAAGUACGAGUGCUGUGAUGAGAUGCAUUCAGCGAGAAGUUGAGAAAGCUGCGAGGGACGGGAAGGGUGUUAUUGACUUUGGAAUGAGCACAAGGAGUGAAGGAGAGAGCGUGAACAUUUUGGAGGAGGGGUUUUUCGCUGGGUUUGACGCUCGGAUUCGAGAGGAAGUGGAUUCUGAUGUCGGUUUCGUGGAAUGGGCGUGUGCCGAUGGGCUAAAACUUUGACUGUCCAGAGGACAGGCCAUUUGCAUAUUAACGGAACGCCAUUAGAUGUAACCAAGGUAUAUGAGAGAUUCGAUUUUCAUCCAUCUGCUGGUCUCGGAGUUCAAGUAGCAGGAGACUCUAAUGCAUCUGUAACUCUUUUUCUUUUUCUUUUUUCGGUUCUUUCCUGCAAAACGCUUCUCAUACAUUGUUUUCGCAGUACUGUGAAGGACCACUGCAGUGACGGGAAACGUCCAUCAACACAACAUGGACGUAAAAUCCAAAUCACGGCUUCAAACAAAGAGCUUGUACUGUAGAAUCAUGGGGAAAAUCAGAG